UUGAAGUUCACAUUGUCUGCAAACAGAAUAGCUACCCUGCUUUUUUCUGGGUUCCUGUUGCAUAGAAUAUUGCUUUCCAUCCUUUGAGUUUUAGUCAAAGUUUCCUUUUAAGUCAGAUGUGUUUCUUGUAUACAGCAUAUUGUUGGAUCCUGUUUUUUGAUCCGUUCUGUCAACCUAUUUCUUUUAAUUGGUGAAUUGAAGCCAUUUACAUUGAUGAAUAACACUCACAUGUACUGGAUUAACUUUGUCACAUUAUUUUCCUGUUUUUGGUUCCCUGCUUUUCCUCCUUGUUUAGUUGCUUUCCCUGUGUGGUGGUUUUUUUUUUUUUUUUUUUUUUUUUUUCUGUUGCUGUUCUGGGAAUUGUAGUCAUUUUUGUCUCUCUCUAGUAUGUCUUUCAGUAUUCUUUCUAGGGUUGGCUUGGUAGACAUGAAUUUCUUCAGUUGUUCUUUAUCAUGGAAGUACCUUAUUUCUCCACCAAUUUUCAAAAAAAGUUUUACUGGGUACAUCAUACUCCUUUGUUAAAUAAAAGUUCUUUUUGUUCAUAAUCACUGGCUGCAAUCCUGUCUUCUAUCCUCAGCUUCAUUCAAAUGAUUUUGCCAGCUUUCAAUAGAGUUUUCUUAAUUUCCUGGAUAACUCUGAAUUUGUUUCAUGCAUUCUAUUUCUUUCCUAAAUUUUUCAUUCAAGGUUUCCAUCAUUUUUCUGUGCUCCUGUACUUUUUAAAAAAAUCUAUGUCUUUUCUAGCUAUGCUGAGCAAUUCCUUUAUUAAUGUUGUCAUUUCUUUCUUUACUGAGAUAUUAUUUCCAAUAUGGUUUCCUCUAUAGCCCCAUGCGUUUGUUUCUUUUUUUCAGUUGAUAUUUUUUUCAGGAAUUUCAGAUGUAUGACUUAUGGUAUCCUCUAUUUCAAUGUCUCCUGUACUUGUUCCUGAUUGCCUGGAUAUUUGAGGUUGCAUUUUGCUUUUUUGUUCUGUCAUUUUUACCUCCUGGGUUAAUAUUUUAUCUUUUCAGUCCCAUUAGUCUCAAAUGAUUAUUGUUUGUGUUGUAGGUCCUACUGUAAUGGUGACGUUUGGUCAAUGGCUGGGUCCCACAAUGAAAGGGAGGGGCCAGUCACCUGAAUUCCUCCUGCAGGGUCUAUUGAGUAAGUCUUAUAUUCUCCCUAGACUAGUCUAGGAGUAUUGAUGUAAGCUAAUCCUUAGAUCCUAUUAUUACUGUGGUUUGGGCUAUUCCAGGCUGCCAGAUUUACCUGACUAUAUUGUACACCUCAGCAGGGACCCUACUGUGUCACUGGGGGUCUCUUAGGCCAUUUUGAGUUUCUCUAGAUUUGGGGAGGCCUUGUUGGCUCUCUCCUCAACCCAGCUGGUGUUCUCUGUAUGGAAGAAGGACUCACCUACACUCUUGCUGGGCUUUCCAAAGUCUUACAGCUGGAGGGGGAGGGUUCGCUGCUUCUGUUGACCCACUGAGGUCCUCUAUUUGAGAGGGAAACUCAUCACAAUGUCAAGCCCACUGAGGUUCUCUGUAUGGGUGAGGAGUUGCUAAAGCUACCACCAGCCCACCAGGGUUCUGCAGGGUAUGGACAGGGUAGCUGAUGGUGGGUGGGCUGCUGAGGGCUCUGCCUGAGGGAGAGUGGUGACCAAUGAUCCCACCACCCCUGAGGUUUCCAGGGUGAAGGGGGAGGGGCUGCUGCUGAUCUCACUGGCUGCAGAGGUCUCCAGUAAAUAUUUAUUGAGAAUAAGGAUGUUCUCUUAUAUAGAAGUUAUUGAAUUCAGGAAAUUUAACCUUAAAACAAUACUAUUGUAAAAUCAAAUAUAAUCCAAGUCAUAUUUCAAUAUAGUCAAUUGUCACAAUAAUGUAAUUUUUAAUAUACAUUCUUUUCAGGAUUAAAUCUUGUAUUAGUUUUUUUAGUUCAUUUCUAUCUGUUGUAGAUUCUCAGCAUUUCUCUUUAAUUAUUGGUUUGUUUUUAGACAAGAUCUUGUUCUGUAGCUCAGGUUGGUUUUGAACUCACUAUGUGGUUUAGGCUGGCCUCAAACUCAUGGCAAUUCUCUUGUCUCAGCCUUCCAAGUGCUGAAAUUACACAUAUGGAUCAUCACACCUAGAUAUUGAUUUUAUUUUGAACUUAGAAAUUAGUUAUUUGAUAGAAUAUUCCUGAGUUUGGGUUUCUUUGAUGUUACUUAAUGAUUAUAUUUAAGUUUUACAUUUUUGGCUCAAAUAAUAUUUAGGCAGUGCAUACUUAGCAUUUUAUAUCUGGAGAUACAUAGUAUCUGCUUGCUUUUUAUUGGUGAUCACUCAGUGAAGAGGUUGUCUAGUUUCCCUAAGAUAACUUGCAGGUAUUUUUUUUUUCAUUAUCAAACUCAUUCUUCAUAGAUUUAGCAUCUGCAUCAAUCAGGAUCCAAAGACAGGCAACAGAAUACACCAGUAAUCUGGACAAAGGAAAUUCAAUAUAAGAAAGUGUUGACUAGUAAAAGGUGAGUACUAAAAAGGAUGAAAGAAAAGUAGUUAAGUGAAAAAACAAAAAACAAACAAAAAUAGCUACUACUUCUAGGCUGACAGUAUAUACUGAAGGGACUAAAGAGAUGUCUUAUUCUCUUUGCUUGCUCCAGACUAAAAAAGAAAAAAGCAAAAUAAACAACAGCAACAACAACAAGCCUGAUAUUCAGACAUUUUUAAGGAGGUUGUACUGCUCAGGAAAGCUCAGCCUGUCAGUGGACAUAGAAAAAUAUUGCCUGGGUUGUAUUUGCAAUGUUCUGUAGAAGCACUUGUUGAGUAGGGGGACCAAGUGGCCUCCCAGGUGGAGGAUCGGUUGCCUGAAUUCAUGGCCCUGAAGGUAGCCUGUACGCGCUGUCAAGCUUUUGGAUGGGAAGAGUGUGGCCUAAGUGCAGGGCUGGUGUUGGUCCACUGAAGUCUGUCAGGCUGAGUGCUACUGACCUUCUCACACACCAUGGCCAGUGGCUCUCAAACUGAGUGAGGAAGGAUUGAAGGCAGCAACAGAAGCACCUGCUGCGAUUACAUUUGGUGCCCUCCAUCACCUCCUGUUGUCAGAGCUUCACUUUGCACCUGCUGGCUGAAGAAUAAAGUUCAGGAUUAUACAGAAAGUGAGUAGUGGGUCCAGAACUAAAACCUGAACCUGUCUGCUUGUACAGAUGGCAUUCUUGAUCGGUUGAGCACUUCAGAUGACAUGUAUAAAUGUGAUUCUAUUCCAGGCCCCACCAUGUGGAUGCUUCCAUUGCAGAACCAAAGUUGGGUUUCUGAAUUUGUCCUGCUUGGCUUCUCCAGUGACCCCAUAUCCAACAGGAUCCUUUUUAUCGCCUUCCUUCUCCUGUACCUGAGCUCAGUCCUGGGCAAUGGGCUCAUCAUCAUCCUGAUUUGCCUGGACAAACAUCUCCACACUCCUAUGUACUUCUUUCUUUGUAUCCUUUCCCUGCUGGAUAUGUGCUAUGUGACUACUACUGUGCCCCAGAUGUUGGUGCAUAUUCUAGCUCACUCCAAGACCAUCUCCUUUGCUGGCUGUUGGCUGCAGAUGUAUAUAUUUGGUGCCCUAGGCCUGACUGAGUGCAUCUUCUUUGUUGUCAUGGCUUAUGACCGAUAUGUAGCCAUCUGCUAUCCACUGCGUUACACUGUCAUUCUCAGUAGGGGCCUGUGCAUGCGGUUGGUGGCUGGGACAUGGGCCUGUGGCUUCCUUUUCUCUCUAAUCCAUACCUUCUUUACCAUGAGGCUGCCAUAUUGUGGGCCCAACGUGAUCAACCACUACUUCUGUGAAGGUCCCUCAGUGAGGAGUUUGGCUUGCAUGGAUACUCAUCUAAUUGAGGUGGUGGACCUGGUCAUCAGUGUCUUUAUGGUUUCGGCCCCACUCUUCCUUAUUCUGGCUUCCUACAUUUGUAUUACUCUGGCCAUUCUCAAGAUUAAGUCCAUCCAAGCCCGGUGCAAGGCUUUCUCCACCUGUGCCUCCCACCUGACUGUGGUCACAUUUUUCUAUGCUCCAGCUACUUACAUCUACAUGAGGCCCAACUCCAGCUACUCCCCUGAGAGAGACAAGCAGAUAUCACUGUUUUACAAUGUCUUUACAGCCUUGCUCAACCCUAUAGUCUAUAGUUUGAGGAACAAGGACAUUAAGUCAGCUUUUCUGAAGGUGAUGGGACAUAGUCGUAGGGUGGCCUAAUGAAUGGGAAUUCAAGGGAAGCCUGGGGGAAAAUGUGCACACUUAACAGAAGGACAUGUGUCAUGUAAUACUCAACAUUGUACAUUUGAAUCAAGAUAGUAUUCGUCAGAAAAAUGUACAUGAAAGCAGCAUAACUGUUGAUUAGCCUGCUGUGUUGUGGCACAAUAACAAACAACUCAGUAAUCUCAGUAGUUCACAACAACUAAAGUUCUUUCUUGUUAGUUUUCCAUGUUAGUUGUAGACUGUCUGUGGCUCUCCUAGAAGAAGGAGCACUUUUAUGGAACAUGCAAUUU